ACUUCCUGAACACUAUAUUCACUGAGCUGUGUAGCCAGAUCGUCUUCUCAGCAUAUGAUGCAAGGAGCUCCUUAAAAUGGAUUUCAACUCUCCUUUUAUCUUGCAGUGCCUGCUUGUGAUAGUAACUGUUACUGAUGCCUCUGCUUCCAGGAUUGUUGCACUCAGUGGCAGCUCAGCAGUCUUUUCUCUGGGAAUUCAAAGCCUGCAGAGCAUCUCUGAAAUGAGCAAAGGCAAUGCAAAAUGCUCAAUGGCUGUGUUGAACAAUACCUUGUUGGCCAAGUGUGGCACUUCUGCUAGAUGUCUGAACUUGCAGAAUGGCUCCCUGGUGCUGAGGAACGUGGAGAAAGAGGAUGAAGGAGAAUACGAGUUUGUUUUUCACAACACCAGCAGAUCUUUUAUGCUGGAAGUGUCUGAGCCAGCCAUUAGUAUCCGGUGCUUCCCUAAUGGGACUGGAGAGUUGUCCUGUGAUGUGAUUGGCAAUGAGAGCACUGGGUUUAUGUGGCUGCUGAAUGGUGCUGCACUGGAUGCCCCGGAGGCUUGCGUUAAGGAUGGUGGGAAGAAGGUUCGCCUGGACAAAACUGUGCCUGGGGACUUUGUCUGCGAGAUUCACCGUGGGAAUGGCAUCACUAGGAGCAGACCCAUUGCGCUGUCUUGUGACUACUAUGGAGACCUGCUACAGAAUCCGUGGUUCUUUUACAUCCUGUCAGGAUGUGCAGGAGGUGCAGUCGUUCUGGUCAUUAUUGUGUCUUCAAUUAUAUGUUGCUGCAUGAAGAGGAAACACAGGUUCAUCCCAGUGCCUUCAGAGGAGGAAAAGGAUGACGGAGUAACGAUGUCGGUGGUCUCCAGUGAAGGUGUAAAGAGUCCCCCCAAUGGAGAUCAUGUUGAUGUUCAAGCUGUCCAAACUGACUGCCCUCUACAGCCUGAUGCUGCCCAGACUGGUCAAGGUCUUGAGCCCCAACGCUUGGUGGAAGAAAAUUUCCCGGUGGAGGUUGAGCCUGAGGAAAUGCCAGACCCAGAGGUCAUAGUUGAUGUUGAAAGCCAAGGGAAUGCAUCAGAUUGUUUCCCAGAUCCAACUGAUGCCUGAUCUGACACACUUGCUGUCCAAUUCUGUCCUGAAGCCUACGGCACCCGUCCUUUGCAUCCCAUAGUCUCAUUGUGUGUAAGAAUAGAUCUGGAAAAUUACACUGCGGGAAAGCCUGGAGGCGUCAGGCCUGCUAACUUCAUUUAAAAAAAAAGUAGGUGCCUGGCUUCACGGCUGUGCAGCUUCAGGCUGACAGGUUCUCCAGCAGAUAAAACUGGCAGCUCCUUUAUGCUUUGUCCACUAAUAGAUCUGCACUUGAACAGUGGAGCCAUAGAGGACAGCCUGAAAUAAGAUGGGUGAUCCCUCCUGCUCCCCGCCCACCCCAUGCCCUUCUAUGUCUUUGCCAACCUGCGGUUCCUGAAAGGGACAGGCAUGACGGGCAGAUUGAAGCAGCAUGCCAGUCCCAGACCAAAACAAGGAUCUGCCAGUAAUUUCCUGAGAAAUCCUGUUCUUAGGAGAUUUCCAGACAUGUUUCACAUGCUCUGCAAAGGUUUCAGCACCUGGCAGAGGUUUUUCAGCUAAGUAUCUUAUGCUUUUCUGAAUCCCUCCUCUGAGCUCCAAACUGCUUUGUACUUAGGCCUUUGCUACUUACUGUGAGGUCAGGAAACAUGAUACAGACUGUGACUGUUUGCAUACAAAUCGCAAAAGAUGUCAGCUUGCUAAUGUUUUGCUGUGCUGUGAUGGUUGGGGGGCUGGUGGUUACCCUUCACCACAGGUUAACUGCUUGGAUGAGUGAGUUAAAACAGCUGAAUCACUAGCUUACUUGCCUUCAGCAGAAGAGUUCCUGGGGGCUUGGAUGUGUAAUUUUGGCAGGAGCAUAGAUUAUUAUACCGAGAUCAUUCAUCAGUGCGAGCGUUAGAGCAUUAGUGCCUUUAGUGUAAUGGUUUAGUUACUGCGAGCUGUUUAAGCUGGCCAGUGGCCUGUGUAUGUAGGUUUUUUCUAUGCUGUUUUAUCUACACAGACAGUAGCAGUUUAUAGACUCUCUUAAGUCUUGCUGCUAUGCACAUUGGUGCUACCUGUUCUGCUUAGAGAUUGAGGAGUGGAGCAGGUGGGAUAGACCUGCAAGGAGAGAGCAAGGACUGGGUCCUGGGCAGCAGGUAGCUGAGUCGCUGGCAAGGCUGCCAGGGGCUGCAGGACACGCUGUCAGAACACGGGUUUUACCAUUUAAGAGUAUUUUGGUAAUAAGAAGCAAGGCCCAUUGGUGUUUAAACUAUGUGCCAGCCUUGGACUGGAAAGGCAUGGUUGAGUACAAAGCAGAACUGAAAUGCAUGGAGAGGUGUGUGUUGCAUUUCUCUUUCUGCUCAUGUUGUUUUGUUGAUUUUUGUCAUCAUGCUGAUAUUGUAUCCUGAAUCCAUUAGAAACAGAUUUAAGAUUUGCUUUGUAAAUACCACCCAACAAGGUCUACGAGUACCCCAGUGAAGAAGAAAGCAAAAGCUUGCCAAACACUUCCUCUCCCCUCAUGGGGGAGCUGGCAGGACAGCUACAUGCUUACACAAAAGUCUUUUAUGUCUCCGUUCAUGGAAAAGCUUUGUAUUGGUUAUACCCAGCCAAAGACUGUGCUUGUUGUGGUUUCUUUAUUCUAAGACUUUGUUUUAAAGAUUUUUGGAUUUUGUGUGCUAUGUUGGUGGUGAUUCAGCCUAUCUGUGCUUUCUAGGGAUGCUGUAGUAAUCAGAUUUUCAGCAGCAAGAGGGGGAUAAUUCUUUUUCUCAUGGUGCUGUGUUGUCUCCUUUCAGUACGAACAUUCCUCAAAGGCCGCGAGUUAAAUGAUAAAAAUGUGAUGCUGAGUGCUUGGGAUGGCAUGGUGCACUGCCUAGAGAGAGAGACCGCAACUGCCUUUACGUAGCACAAGCAGCACUGAGCAAUUGGGGGCCAGAGCAACAGAAACUGGGAGAUGUAGUCAGCUUUGGUUUUGUUUCUCUUCUGCACUUUCUGGCUGGCACAGGCAGGGGACAGCCAACUCCAACAGAUGCUUAACCUUGGGGGCUGAAUAGUGCUCUGAGUCACACUGGAAAAGAUGUAUUUCAGACAUUGCAAGUGGGGUGAGGUGUCGGAGCUGGGCCAACCUGCUCUGCUGGGCUGCUGCAUCCCAGGUGCAUCCUGCCCUAGUGCCAUCAUGCUGCUGUCAGCCCUGGGAGGGCUGUGAGCAAGCCCUGGCCUAGGUAUGCUGUGACAGUACUGUCACUAGUGUAAUCCUUGUCUGGGGAGGUUUUUCCCAUUGAGAUAGGAAUCCAAGACUUCAGCCAUCUUUAGGAAGCAGAUCAUGUUGGUCUUCCUUACUUCUUCUCUGAAGUGCCUGUGUGGCAGCUGGGUAAAGAUUGCUGUUGCUGUGGGGUCAGGAGAAUAUUUGUGUAUUCUGUACUUAAAUUGUACAUGUUCAUGCCCAGCUCUUCUCAUCUUGUGUUUUUUUUUUCUGCAGAAUGAUUUUGUUCCUAAUAAAAGUAUCUGUUUUCUAACUUGUA